GCCCGGCCCAGCCCAGCCCAGGCCAGGCCAGCCGGAGGGAUGGAGGAGCAGAAGGUCUCGCGGCCCCGGGUCACCUUCUUCCAGCCCCGCGUCAACCAAGUGCUGGUGCUGUUCAGUCUGUUCAAUGGCAGUGAAGUGGCUGUGAAAAGGUUUUUGCCGAAGAGUCACUUAUCCACAGUCAUCAUCCGUGACAACACCAGUGUCCAGCGAAUUCAGGAGAUCAAGGUAAAUCACUUGGAGGAGACAAGAAUAAAGACCAGCCACUUUUAUGAGCACUUAAAGAAGAAGUUCACGAGUGACCAGCAGAAGAAGAUAUCACGGUGGAAGAAGGAGUCUGAUAAAUUUGGGAAAAUACUGGAGCUGAUCAAUCAGAGAACCAAGAACUUGGCGAUCGCUUCUGCUAGUCUGACUAUGAGGAAGUCCCAAGAAGGCAGCCAGAAAACAAUCCCCAAGAAAGAAGCAACCGUAAUGUUUGAAAAAUGAUCCAGAGAGGCAUUCAUCCAGCACCCCGUCAGGCUGUUUCUAAUGAGUUUCUUUUCAACAUCUCUGACACUCAGUUUGUCUUUUUAGCAAAGAGGAGAUGAAGAGAGUUCAAGCUAGGGCAGGUCUUAGUUGUUUCAGCAAUAAACUAAUAGAAAUGCAUUGAAUAGCCAUUCCCUUUCUGCUACUUCUCUUGAUAAUCUGUUUUGAACCGAUGAGUUUAAGUCUCUUGGGAUGGUGAGUGAAGUGGAGCUGGGAGCAGUGCAGUAAGGGACAGAUGUAGGAAGGAAAGAAUUUCCGAGGGACUGAUUUGCACUUUUAGAACAGAAACAUAUUUUAUUUGGGUGGAACUUUCUACUUGGCUUAUGCCCCGUAAAGGUUUAACCUGAAUCCAAAUGGAAAGGGUAGGAGCUUGUCUGAGGACAAACAGAUUUCUGGGACUGUUGGCAGAAGCUCCAUGAGGGUGAGGAAGUCCCUUGUGGGGGAGGAGAGAGAGGGAUUGCUUGCUGGAGGAGGUUGGGAGUAAGAGAAAGGGGUGAGGAGCUGAGACUGAGAAAAUGUCUUCAGUACUCUAGGUAUAAUUUCUGGGGAAGCAGUACUCAUAGAAUCAGAGAUUCCAAGGCCAGAAGGGACCACUGUGAUCAUCUAGUCUGACCUCCUGUAUCACACAGUAAUUCCUAGGGCAGAGCUUUUAGAGAAACACCCAGUCUUGAUUUAAAAAUUGCCAGUGUUGAAGAAUCCACCACAUCCCUUGGUAAGUUGUUCCAAUGGUUAAUUACUCUCACUGUUAAAAAUGUACACCUUAUUUCCAGUCUGAAUUUGUCUAGCUUCAAUUUUCAGUCAUUGGAGUGUGAUUAAUACCUUGCUCUGCUAGACUGAAGACCCCAUUAUUAAAUGUGUGUUCCCCAAAGGUAUAGACUGCAAUCAAAUCACCUCUUAACCUUCUCUUUGUUAAGCUAAAUGGAUUGCGCUGCUCGAGUCUAUCACUGUAAGGCAUGUUUUCCAAUCCUUUAAUUAUUCUCCUGGCUUGUCUCUGAACCUUCUCCAGUUUAUCAGCAUCCUUCUUAAACUGUGGACACCAGAACUGGACGCAGGUUUCCACCUGUGGCUGCACCAGUGCCAAAUACAGAGGUAAAUUACCCUCUCUACUUCUCUCUGGAUCCUCUAAAUCCCCAUUGCCCCAGUGCACCUUGCUAACCCUACACCCCUCUAUCCCUAAUCCCCGCAUUCACUUAUCUUGGGUUCCCAUGGACACCCUUACCCCACAGUCUAGCACUCCCCCUUAUAUCCCAGACAGUCAUUCACAAGCUUGAGCCCCCCACUGCCUACCGACCUUCUCCAUCAAUGACUCCUGUGGCCGGGAAGAGGGGGCAUGCUCCCAUCUUGGCUGGGCUUGGUGUGUGCAGGGGCAAAUUUCUUCCUGUCUUGAGUGUGUUGAGCUGAAGGUUUUUUGCUCCCUCGGGGUGGGGUUCUCUCUGCCCCUGCGGUCCCUGUAGCAUGGCUGAGCUCUUGUCAUGUUCCUUUUGUCAUUUGGUACCUCAUUAUACAUUUUCCUAGGCAGCGAGUACCUUUGUUGGCAGGUGCACCGGAUAAGACUAUACAUCCUUUUUGGAUAGUUGUAAAGGUGUGUGGGGAGGAUGGCCACAUGACUGCUGGUUUCUCAGGGCAGGUUGGCUCCAGGGAAGGUGACUACAGCUACUGAGUUUUCCUCCCUCCUAUGUUUUUGUUUCUCUCUCUCUUCUCUCAUGUGGGCCAACACGUGCUCUCUCUCUCUCCUUCCCUCUGCUUGUACUGUCUCCCUUCAUAGGACAUGGGCAGGUGUGCUAGAUCUUCAUCCCCCCAGACUUGGUCACAAGAACCUGCAAGACGGGGUGAUGGGGAGGGGUAGGUGAGAAACAUGCUGGGCACUGGUGCUGCUGUGGCAAUGCUGGUGGGGUGACUGGCCAAGAGACCCAUCGGUGAGGAGUUUCUCUCUGUUCAUGCAGUGGGGGGCAACUAGAAUGGAUGUGAGAGGGAGGCAGGGAGAGCAAAAUCUCCUGCACCAAUAGAGUUUUGGACAGUGAUGGCACUUCCUUGGGUUUUUCGCUAUGCUUGCAGAGGACUCCUCCGGGCCAGUAGCACAGCCCAGGAGCCCCAGCCAGAGGAGGACGGUCUGGAAGAAUUGGACCCGAGCAAUCUAGACAUCUGACUUGGCAGUGGCACUGAGCAGCCCUCAAGUCCUGUCUGGUGGUGACGGUGAUGAAGGAGGAGCAGGUGUCAAUUUCAGAAAAAUUAUGUCUCUCUAUCCAGUGUCUGAGUAGAGAGUCCCGCCCUGAGAGCAGAGAGCUGCUUCUCGUUUCCCCAGGACCAAUCCCAUGGAAGGAGGAGCUCUGCCUUUGGUUUGUAAUUGUCUGGGAUUGUCCCCUACCCUAUCUUCCCCAGGACUAAAUGUGAAGAAGGGUGACCUGUGUGCAACUAGAGAUGAAACCUGAGUUUUUUCUGGUCUGUCCUUCCACUUCACUGGGUGUAUGUCAUUGGACACCACAUCGUUCUCGAUGUGCAUACUCCAUCAUCCCUUUCUUCAGAGGACCAGAGCAUCCCGGUUCUUAAUGCCAUUGUGUAGAUGGGAGAAUGGCCAGCCUGUGGCAGAGAUCAAGAGAAGCAGCAGCCACCUUGAGCCCCUCCCAGGGGACAGAAGCUUGACAGUGAGCUGUGGAGUAAGAGCAAAUGGAAAUUUGCUUUCCAGGAAGCUACUGUACUUCAGGAAGACUCCCAUCACCUCUCACAACUCCUUGAGAGGGCUGAAAGGGCUCCCCCAAGCUCAUGGGUCCCCAGUUAGGGGCAGAGGCCUUUCCCCAGGUCCACCCCAAGCUAACAUAACAAAUUCUCUCCACAGACAACAGUCUUUGAAGCCCUCUUUCAGUAGUUAACUUGUCUAACUUGCAUGUAACCAGAGCUGCUCAGUCCUAAAUUUAUUCCUUUCACAUCAGUGAGUGGUAUUCCCUGGUCACGGCACUCCUCGUCCUCCUCUCUACUGCCUCAGACCCCUGUGGGGUAAAGGCGAAGGACAAGAACAAUAGAAUGUUGUGUGGGGUGAUGAUUUUGGAUGGGGGAGUAGCCAUGACUGCUUUGGGGAGAUGUAGGGAAAGUCCUUCUGGAACAGCAAGCAGGGCCAGCUCUAGGUUUUUUGCUGCCCCAAGCAAAAAAAAAAAAAAAGUGGCAGGAAUGCCGCCCCUGAAAUUGUGCCGCCCCAAGCACAUGCUUGGUUUGCUGGUGCCUAGAGCCGGUCCUGACAGCAAGCACCGGAGACACAUACCAUUAAAGUUUCUGCCACGAAUUUGAUCUUUGUGGUUUUUAUUUUCUGCAAGGGAGAAUGGAUGAAGAAUAAUUUCAGCUCUGGCCUGAGAUUGAGAGGUAGGACAACCUGUCUUUGAGACAGAUGCCAGGGAAUGUCAGAUGAGAGCAGA